GCAGAUUCCGCCGCCCGCUAACCCCUAGGUCUGCCCCUCCGCGUCCUGUAACAGCCCCGGGCGAUAGCUGCGUUGGCUGUUUUGGUGGACGCGGGUGGCAGGCGUCUGGAGCGGCUGGCUCAUCAUGUGGUGCAUGGGCCCAGCCGCGGUGGUAGCCUUUUGUGCCGGACUUUGGGUGUCUAACCCGAGGACGGCGAUGGGCCAGGAGGCCGGGGAACGGCCAGGGGCCGACUGUGAAGUUUGUAAAGAAUUCUUGAACCGAUUCUAUAAUUCCUUGAUAGCCAGAGGAGUCAACUUUUCCCUGGACACCAUAGAAAAGGAAUUGGUCCGCUUUUGCUUGGAUGUCAAAGGAAAAGAAAACCGCUUGUGCUAUUAUCUAGGUGCAACCAAGGACGCAGCCACGAAGAUCCUCAGUGAGGUCGCUCGCCCGAUGAGUGUGCACAUGCCCGCGGCAAAGAUUUGCGAGAAGCUCAAGAAGAUGGACAGCCAGAUCUGUGAACUGAAAUACGAAAAGAAAUUGGACCUGGCAUCAGUGGACCUGUCAAAGAUGAGAGUAGCAGAGCUGAAACAGAUAUUGCACAACUGGGGAGAGGAGUGCAGAGCCUGUGCGGAGAAAACCGACUACGUGAAUCUCAUCACUGAAUUGGCACCCAAGUAUGCAGCAGCCGACCCCAAAACAGAGCUCUGACCCUCCAAUGCUGGUGCGCCAUUAAUGAAAGACACAGUGACUCUCCAGGAAAAUGACUUGUUGGUUAAGAGUAACUGGGAGUUGCACUGUAUGUGGUCUCAUUAUUUUUGCUUUAAGAAAAAAAACAACCAAGAAUUGAUUACUUGGAUUUACAAUGAAAACUGCUGAUUAUUAGUGGUGUCUUACAUUUGCAGUGUACCCAAACCUAACAGUGCCUUUCUCAUUAUUUUUGUAAGGAUCACAUAUAUUGUCUUUAUCCAUGUCCUUAAAAUCGAGAAAUGUGAAGUACUGAGAAAUUGAUGGAGUAAGUCGAUUCAAAGACGGAAGACAGUGCUCAGAGGCCCCUCUCUGUGCACUAAUUUUUAAUUAAAUAUAUUGGUUUAGGAAAAAAGAGACAAUGUUUUGUCUACGUGACUCCCACCUUCAAUCCAAAACAAUAACAUGGCAUAAUCAAAGGUUUUAAGAAGUAAACUUUAUACUUUCAACUGCAAAUCACUCUAUGUUCUGGCUCUUUUUGGCAUCUGAUAUGGGAGGGCAGGAGGCACUAUUUGAAAUUAGGAUUUUCCCAAAGAAGGAAUACCUAUUUAAAACCUAUUUAUACCUACUUAAAACAGAUCAAGAAUCCACUUAAGGAGACCCUGUGUUUUAGCAAAUUGUAUCAGCGCUCACACUAUUGACUAAACUAAGCUCAAGGUGUUCUGUAUUCCUUGCUACCACACAUUAGACAAGCGUUUUUUGAAGAUUAAAACAUGGUAAGAGCACCUGCAGGCAAGAAAAAGCUCUACGGUUCUUAAUGCUAUUUUAUCUGCCUUAAAUUGUAGAUUCGUUCUUGGCUCCAUUUUCUGGCCCCAUCAGGGUGAGAACCCCCACCCCCACAAGUGGCUGCCUCGGGUGAGGAGGCAGAGGUGGGAAAGGCUUGCAGAGCAGCUCAAGGGGACUUUCUAGGGGGAUAGGAAUGCCUUGUACCUUGAUUGGGGUGGUGGUUACAGGGUUGGAUAGGAUUGUGAAACUCAUCAGCAGUACAGUUAAGAUCCAGUAAUUUUUUAAAUAUACAUUUUAUUUAAAAUACUGCUAUAGAAAAAUUAUUUGGAAAUUAACUGAACUUCAUUGAUUCAAAACAUCUUGUUCAUGUAGAGAAUUACAUUUGCUGAUUGGGAGUCCUUUUGGGGAGUGGAGGAGAAAAUUUCCAGAUUGAAUGUGUACACUGAAAGUACAAUUUUCCCAUUUAAAUGCUAUGGAGGUAAAUUAAUUUUUAGUUAGGCAGUUGAGAUGUUACCGAACUUAUCAGACAAUUGGUGGUUAGUAACAUAAAAAUUAGAAUAAAAAAGCUUUGGUAUAAUAAAUGACCGAAAGGGUUAUUGUUUCUGGAUUUGAGAAGCUUGAUCAUUGUGUGUAAAGCACUCUAGUUUAUUACAAAUUAUAUCUUUAGAAGUCCAUAUUUAGUUUAAUUGUUUUUCUUAUUUUUUUUAUAACCUUUGUGUUUGUUUUCUUUUAGUGCAUUUUGAACCUGUUGAGGAACUUAACAUUUGAACAUAGUAUGUUUGAUGUCUGACCUCAAAAUCAGGUCAUAUUUUCUCAGUGUUGUUGUUGUUGUUGUUGUUUUUCCUCAGGAUAGAAAUCUAGGUCAUAAGAGCACUGCCCAGCAGUUCAUUCAAAUCCGUGAGGUUUGGUUUGGAUUUUCAUAGAGCUUUCACUCUGUUACUGCCACUGAAACUUUUAAAAAAAUUAUUUUUAUUAACAUACAAUGUAUUAUUUGCCCC